CCGGAGCGCUUCAAAAAUCAGAGGGAAGCAAAGGAUGGGAAGAAGUGACCACUGGGUGGCGCUGCAGUUAAAAGCUCCGUUAGUUUUCCCAGUUUCCUGCCGAUUUCCGGUUCCGGGUGGUGCUUGUCGCGUACAGAAACUGUUUUGUUUCAGUUUUGAACCGACAUGGAUAGAACACCGUCCGGAGCUCAGUGGAACGAAAGGUUUUCCUCCCCGCCUUCAGGUUGGGGUCGCCCGCCCUACAGAGGCCCGGUACAUCGCGGUGGUUCUGGCCGGGGUUGCCACUCGUACUCGCCCAAUUCCCCAACCUUUUCUCCUGGCUUUAACCGCGGACAAAGGGGAGGUGGGUCCGGUGGUGGAAGACGAAGUUUCGGGGGGUCUCCGGCUAUGUUUGGCAGCGGUGGCCGCAACUUCGGUGAGAAGCAACGAGGACGAAACAGUUUCGGUUCGCCAUCAAACUUCAAAUCAGCUUCAAAUAUGCAGCGUGAGACGUCUGACACGAUUGAGCGGUACUUUAGUCCAUCCAUGUUGGAAGAUCCCUGGGCAGCGUUGCUGCCAAAGCAGACACAGACAUCGACCGAUGACAAACCCUAAAUAAGACAAUAUCACAAAACCGGAAAUAGGUGGGAGGUCAGUUUUAUUGCAAUCUCUGUCAUCAAGAAGGGACUCAUUUGGAAAUACAGUAUCUGGUCUGUUCUUGAUCAGUGGAAGAAGCGAUCAUUUUGAUGUGAUUUUUGCACAAUACAUCAUGUGCAGAUAAUGCAUAUAUAGUUUUGUAUAUUUUGUGUGUAUACCUUUUUUAUUUUUUUGAAAUUUUUUUUGUUAAAAACAGGAAGUAGUUGUCUCAAUGCAAAAGGAGUUUGAAUGUAUGUGCGUUAUAUGUUGUAAAUCAAUACAGUGAGUAGGAUCAUACACUGUAUUUUUGGACUGAAAAACGAUAUAUUUGACAAUAUAUGACAUUUCGUUUUUCUGUGCCUUUUGUAUAUCUAGUUCAUUUUAUGGACAUGAUUCUAUGUUAGAAACACAUCUUUAUACAUGUUGCAGGUAUCUGAUAAAGAAAACAGUCAUUGUA